UCACGUGACCUGAGUAACAUGGCCGCGGCCCAGUGAGCGUUGCCGGUUCCUGGCGGGAGCUGGUCGCGUGAGCUGUGGGGCGGUCCGGGCUGCGCGUGGGAGAGCAGGGUCCGGGCAAGGUACCUGGGGCGGCGCGCGCGACGUCAGGACCAGGCAGGAGGGCCCGGGACCGUGUAGCCCAUGAGCGGGCUCCGGGGUCCGUGCCGAGCCUCACACUCCCCUCGCCCUGGCGCAGCCCCGGCAGCCUCGGGCUAAGGUGUCUCGAAGCUCCCGGGCGCAGCGCGAGCUGCCACCAUGAACCCGGAGAAGGAUUUCGCGCCGCUCACGCCCAACAUUGUGCGUGCCCUGAAUGAUAAACUCUACGAAAAGCGGAAGGUGGCCGCGCUGGAGAUCGAGAAGCUGGUGCGGGACUUCGUGGCCCAGAACAACACCAUGCAAAUCAAACAUGUGAUCCAGACCCUGUCUCAGGAGUUUGCCCUGUCCCAGCACCCCCACAGCCGGAAAGGGGGCCUCAUCGGCCUGGCAGCCUGCUCUAUCGCCCUGGGCAAGGACUCGGGGCUCUACCUGAAGGAGCUGAUUGAACCAGUGCUGACCUGCUUUAAUGAUGCAGACAGUAGGCUGCGCUACUACGCUUGUGAGGCCCUCUACAACAUCGUCAAGGUGGCCCGCGGUGCAGUGCUGCCACACUUCAACGUCCUGUUUGACGGGCUGAGUAAGUUGGCUGCUGACCCAGACCCCAAUGUGAAAAGUGGAUCUGAACUCCUAGACCGACUUUUAAAGGACAUUGUGACAGAAAGCAACAAGUUUGACCUAGUGGGCUUCAUCCCCCUUUUGCGGGAGAGGAUUUACUCCAACAACCAAUACGCCCGGCAGUUCAUCAUUUCCUGGAUCCUGGUUCUGGUGUCAGUGCCGGACAUUAACCUGCUGGAUUACCUGCCGGAGAUCCUGGAUGGGCUUUUCCAGAUCCUGGGUGACAAUGGCAAAGAGAUUCGGAAAAUGUGUGAGGUGGUUCUUGGAGAAUUCUUGAAAGAAAUUAAGAAGAACCCUUCCAGUGUAAAGUUUGCUGAGAUGGCCAACAUCCUGGUGAUCCACUGCCAGACCACAGAUGACCUGAUUCAGCUUACAGCCAUGUGCUGGAUGCGGGAGUUCAUCCAGCUGGCGGGCCGGGUAAUGCUGCCCUACUCCUCUGGGAUCCUGACUGCUGUCCUGCCCUGCUUGGCCUAUGAUGACCGCAAGAAAAGCAUCAAGGAGGUGGCCAAUGUGUGUAACCAGAGCCUGAUGAAGCUGGUCACUCCCGAGGAUGACGAACCAGACGAGCCAAAGCCAGUAACACAGAGGCAGACAGAACCCAACCCUGAGGACUCCCUACCAAAGCAGGAGGGGACAGCUAGUGGAGGUCCAGGUGGUUCCUGUGACUCCAGCUUCGGAAGUGGCAUCAGCGUCUUCACCUCAGCCAGCACUGACAGAGCUCCAGUGACCCUGCACCUGGACGGCAUUGUGCAAGUCCUGAACUGCCACCUCAGUGACACAGCCAUUGGGAUGAUGACCAGGAUUGCCGUUCUCAAGUGGCUCUACCAUCUCUACAUCAAAACUCCCCGCAAGAUGUUCCGGCACACAGACAGCCUCUUUCCUAUCCUACUUCAGACAUUAUCUGAUGAAUCCGAUGAGGUUGUCUUGAAGGAUCUGGAGGUGUUGGCAGAAAUUGCUUCCUCCCCUGCAGGCCAAACGGAUGACCCAGGCGCACCUGAUGGCCCUGACUUCCGAGUCAGCCACUCGGAGCUUCAGGUGCACACCUCCGGCAGAGCCAACAUGCUAACCGCUCCCAGUACCAAAGGCUUAGAAUGCUCUCCUUCCACCCCCACCAUGAACUCCUACUUUUACAAGUUCAUGAUCAACCUUCUGCAGACAUUCAGCAGUGAACGGAAGCUGCUGGAGGCCAGAGGCCCGUUCAUCAUCAGAACUUGCAGUGAAGCGGAAGGCAUGUGGGGCCCAGAGCCUGCUAGGAGAAAGCUGAAAGAAAUGGAGGGGACUCUCGUCCAUUCCAGCAGCUGUAGCCUUUCACCUCACCCCUGCCGUUACGUCAUAAGACACCAAAGGCAGCUCUGCCUCCUGCUGAAUGCAGAGAACAUCUUCCACUCUAUGGCAGACAUCCUGCUGCGGGAGGAGGACCUCAAGUUCGCGUCCACCAUGGUGCACACCCUCAAUACUAUUCUGCUCACCUCCACUGAGCUCUUCCAGCUGAGAAACCAGCUCAAGGACCUGAAGACUCUGGAAAGCCAGAACCUCUUCUGCUGCCUCUACCGUUCCUGGUGCCACAACCCAGUCACCACGGUGUCGCUCUGCUUCCUCACCCAGAACUACCGGCAUGCCUACGACCUCAUCCAGAAGUUUGGGGACCUGGAAGUCACCGUGGACUUCCUCACAGAGGUGGAUAAACUGGUGCAGCUGAUUGAGUGUCCCAUCUUUACAUAUCUGCGCCUGCAGCUGCUGGAUGUGAAGAACAACCCGUACCUGAUCAAGGCCCUGUACGGCUUGCUCAUGCUGCUGCCCCAGAGCAGCGCCUUCCAGCUGCUCUCUCACCGGCUCCAGUGUGUGCCCAACCCAGAGCUGCUGCAGACUGAAGACAGUCUGAAAGCUGCCCCCAAGUCCCAGAAAGGGGACUCCCCCAGCAUCGACUACACAGAGCUCCUGCAGCACUUUGAGAAAGUCCAGAGACAGCACCUGGAAGUAAGGCACCAGCGCAGCGGGCGUGGGGAUCACCUGGACCGUAGAGUUGUCCUCUGAUGUGCCUGGCAUGAAAAGGGCCCAGGUGGGCCCUGAAGCACUCAGGGUCUCCAGGCUGAGGCCACAAGAUGCCUGAGAACCUGCCUCGGGCAGGGCUGGACCUGACCACCAGCCCAGGAUGGGGAGGGGAACGGUCUGCUCUGUCAACCCCAGCUCCUCCCGGCGGAGUGCCUGGACCCCAGCACUGUCAGCUACACCCAGGCUUGGGACCAGUGGCUUCCCUCCUGAGUCAGACCACAGCCUCAGAAUCUGAAGCAGCCUCUUUCCAAUUCCCCUGUGAGAAGAGCUUGACCUUGGCCCCAAAGCACUGGCAUGGUGUCUCUGUCUAUGUCCAUCUGCGUGGAUGAUGCACACAGACCAGCACAAAGACCUCUACCGAAUGAUGUUCAUCCCUGCCCCAAUAAAGAAAUGACAGAAUCCUUAA